UAACAAUAUUUGGGUCCUUUCUUAUUCUCCUGUAUGCUGUUUCAGGAAUAUUCAGCAAACAACAUCACACAUUACGACCACAAUUUAAUACAUUGGGGCGUCUGCGUCACAAAAACAUGUCGGCAAUACCUCGGCAACCACACAGUUCACGAGGCCCUCGAGGCCUGCCUCAACUCCUCCCUCCAGCAGACCCACCAGCUCCAAGCGCGGCUGGUGGAAGACCAGGUCUACUGCACCGAGUUUGGGGAAACCAUACCGCUAGACACCGGGGACAUCAUUGUGGCUACAGUUUUGAUUACGAUCCUUGCUCUAAAUCUUCUUGGGAGUCUUUACGAUUUCUGUUUUGUCCCGGAGAAGUCUGUAGUUGGAAAAGUCCUGCUAUGUUUUUCGGUGAAACGCAACUGGAAGCGUCUGUCUUCACCGUCGGGGGAGGGCCCGGAGCCGCGGCUGCGACGGCUCAAGAUGUUUAAUGGGGUCAAAUCUUUCACGACGUUCCUUGUAGUGAUGGGACACUCGCCAAUGGCGGCGCUCAUCACCUCAAAUAACACACACUUCAUAGAAUUGACGUACUACAAUGCAAUAUACCACAUAUUCCACAAUGGGAACCUGAUCGUGCAGAGUUUCUUCAUGACCUCGGGCUUCUUGCUCGCUUUCAACCUGCUGGUGGUGGAAGAGAAGGUUAAACUGACGUGGAACAAGUUCCCUAAGUGGACCAUGUUGAGGUGGAUGAGAUUGACCCCACCAUACGCCGUAGUGCUAGCUGUAGUAGCUACUUGGAUGAGACGUUUUGGGAACGGCCCCAUGUGGCAGACAGCUGUGGGCGUGGAAGUGGAUGCUUGCCGUCGGGACUGGUAUUACCACUUGCUGUACGUCAACGACUACGUGGACUACUCGCAGUGCAUGUCACACACGUGGUACCUGGCAGCCGAUUUCCAACUAACCAUUCUUGGUCUCCUCCUCUUCUGCUGCCUGCGAAGUUGGCGCGCCAGGAAGAUUGCCAUUGCCGUGACGUUCGCAGUGGGUGUUGUCACGCCCGCGGCCCACACUUACUUCCAAAAUCUGAGUCCUAUACUCAUACUUGCGCCUGAAGUAGCUCGCCACUAUUUCGUUGAAGACCCUACGUUUAACAACCUAUACAAACGUGGCCAUACCAACGUCGUCUGCUACGCCAUGGGCUUGGCACUCGGCAUGUGGGUCUACAAGCUCAUGAAUACUAACUUUGACGUCACCAAAUAUAAGAAAUACCGCAUCGUCUACUGGUCCACGUUCCCCGCCGGGGUUCUGCUCAUCAUCUGCGGCGGCGUCUUCUACAUCGACGGCAUCCAGAUUCCGCUGGCUGUGCGCGUCGCGUACGCGCCCAUCGUCAAGAUCCUGUUCGGAAUGAUUGGAUUCAUCCUGACGUUGGGGACCAUUUUCAAAUUGGAAACGGUGUACCGUGGGUUGCUGGAAUGGCGCGGCUGGGCAGUGUUCGGCCGCAUAUCCUACUGCGCCUACUUAGUCCACGUGUCUGUGAUACGGUACAGCGCGGCCAACCACACGUCUCUGCUGCACUCCAACUUCUUCCAAAUUGUAAGUCAUCUUCAGGCCGAGGUCCACACCAAUGCUGCACUCUUGACUUAUUUCGGUCUGCUGUUGACAACCUUCGUGGUGGCGUUCCCGUGCUGGAUGAUGGUCGAGGCUCCCUUCAACCAGCUGGUGAAGGUCUGCUUCUAUCCCGCGCCGAAAACACGGAAGGAGGACAAGGAGACCGAACUGAUAGGGACAGCGCAUGUUGUGCUUAUGAACAACAAAUAG